GAGAUGCGUGUGGGGUUGAGACACAGGCACGCCUUAUGAACAGCGUGUCCUGAGCUCCUGCCAACUCACGUUGCAAAUCCCCACCAUGCGGACUCUUUUCCUUUCCACCCUGCUUUUCACUGGUACUUAUCAGUUCUUAUGCAGGAUUCAGCAGAGUCAAGCACAACAGGCAGUUGUGGAAAGUGGAAAGAAAGCAGCAGAAUUUGAAGAAGCUCCUGAACGCAGACAAUUUUGCAAAUGGCCGUGUAAAUGCCCACGCAAACCUUUAUGUGCACCUGGAGUAAGUUUGGUAACUGAUGGCUGUGGAUGUUGCAAAGCCUGUGCAAAGCAAUUUGGGGAGCUCUGCACUGAAGCUGACACCUGUGACCCUCACAAGGAUUUGUACUGUGACUAUUCUGGCGAUAGACCUAAGUACGAAUUUGGAGUAUGUUCAUAUACUGUUGGAGUUGGGUGUGACUUAAAUGGAAUAUUAUACAGACAUGGUCAAACAUUCCAGCCUCAUUGUCACUAUAAAUGCACAUGUGUGAAUGGUGUUUUGGGAUGCACACCUACCUGUACAAAGAAAUUAUCAACUGGCCAGUGUAAAAAUGUCAAGAUCAUAAAGAGAACUGAAUAUUGCUGUGAAAAGUCCCUUUGUGAUAAGACUGGAGGGAAGACUGUGCAAGCAUUUGCCCACAGAGUAAUGUCUGUUUACAAGGCAAGAGCGGUCGUGUGGCGGAAGAAGUGUAUGCUGCAAACUACUCCGUGGAGUGCAUGUUCAAAACCUUGUGACAUGGGAAUUUCAGUCAGAGUGACAAAUGACAACAGCAGGUGUGAACUUGGGAGAGAAAGUAGACUGUGUUUUAUUCGACCUUGCAACACAGGCACAUUGAAAAAUAUGAAGAAAGACAAGAAGUGCCUACAAUCAUUCCAGCACACCAAGCCCGAAAGAUUUUCUCUCUCUGGUUGCACAAGCAGAAGUUACAGGCCAACAUUCUGUGGUACAUGCUCUGAUUCUCGUUGUUGCAUUCCCCAUCAAGAAAAGACUGUGAAAGUACAAUUUAACUGUACUGAUGGGGGAAUAAUCAUAUGGAAGAUGCUGUCGAUCACAUCUUGUAAAUGUCAAAGAGUCUGUGUUGAGUCAGAGGACAUAUUCUCAGAUCUGAAUCUGCUGUAGUCAAUCGCUGCCUGCAAUGUGGGCACCAUAAGACAGCAGAAUUAUUUACACAAGCCUUCUCUACAAAAGGAUGUAAAUUUGGUUUUAUAAUUUAAUACAGAUAGAUUACACAAAGUUAAACAACAUACAUAAAACAGCUUGAGAUGCAUCUUCAUAAACAAGUCAAGUCAAGUUUAGUUUAUUCGUCACAUACACAUACGAGAUAUGCAGACCUGUACAAAGCUAUAAUUUGCUCCACCAUGACAGUAAAAUAAAAUCCAUUUGUAAAGU